AUGGGCAGCAAUCAGUCGUCGUCAGUCGUGGCCCAGAGAGACACUUUCACCACUCAGAUCCCUCCCGUGUUCAUGGAAGACGGCGGUUGUCUGUCCGGUGUGCCACAGCAUGAGCGGCACAAACUCGACGACUUCGGCAAGGAUCCGGAGGGGAAGCUCCAUAACAAGGACAACGAGCCGAAUGACACGACUGCGGACACAGCUCGAGAUGGGGAGAAGCCAAAGAAGGGCAUCCGCCCACCCAAUCGUAUCCGACGCCGGGAACCAGAAAAUAAGGGGACCCAUCCCAGCAUGCAUGCGAGAGGAAAAAGAAAGCGUGUCCUCGGCGCUCUCGUCGGCGGUGUCCGUGGAGUCGCCCGCGCCGCGUUUCACAAGUUGACGGUGCGUGACGUCGCCAAAAAGCAGCCACUUUUUUUCCACGACCAAGUUCGGCAGGCUGGCGUUCGAAAGCUCCGGGAGCAGGCCUGGCAUCGCAACAGGUCUGUCGGCAGGCCUGGGGCAGACGAUGCGGCCACCGAUGCGGCCACCGAGAGCGAGCAUCUACCAACCGUGGGCGGGCCGGAUCCGAUACUCUGCGAUGCUGAAUACUACGCACGCCGAGUUGGCCUCGACGAGUGCAAGGUCCCGGAUGGAGCUGCCGAAAGUCAAAAGGGACCGAACCUGUCUCGAAGUGGCAGAAACCAGCUCAGAGUCGACAAGGGGGCCAAGUAUGCCGUGCUUCUCAUCCACGGUCUGCUGCAGAGCUCCGGCGCCUACUGUUGCGACGACAACCAGCCGCUCGCUUCCUGGCUCCGCAAGUCUGGAUUCGACGUCUGGCUGGGCAACAAUCGCUGCGGGUUCAGACCCCGCCAUGCCUCCCUAAAGCACGGCGACCCACGCAUGUGGGCGGACUAA